GGCAUCGGUGGUUUACCACCUCUACUACACAAGCCAGGCGAAAAAGUGGUGAAAAAUUGGGAAAUAAUUUUCGGACAAGCUAUUCUAUAGUUUGUGCAUUGCUAAGUCGAAGCACACAUACGACUUUAUUCUCGCUAAGCGGAUGGCUGUCUAAGACGAGGAACUUCAGGAAAAGGUAAUAACAAAAAACGAUCCCAAAAUGACCCAAUAUCUACCGCCGAAUUUGCUGGCGCUUUUCGCUGCGCGGGACCCCAUACCGUUUAUGCCGCCGGUGGACAAGUUGCCACACGAGAAGAAAUCCCGCGGCUACCUGGGAGUGGCAAAGUUCAUGGCCGACUUCGAGGACCCCAAGGACACGCCGCUGCCUAAAACGGUGGAAACGCGCCAGGAGCGGCUGGAACGGCGCCGCCGCGAGAAGGCCGAGCAGGUGGCCUACAAGCUGGAGCGGGAGAUCGCACUUUGGGAUCCCACCGAGAUCAAGAAUGCCACGGAGGACCCGUUCCGUACGUUGUUUAUUGCCCGCAUCAACUACGACACAUCCGAGUCCAAAUUGCGACGCGAGUUUGAGUUCUACGGCCCCAUCAAGAAGAUCGUCCUGAUCCACGACCAGGAGUCAGGUAAACCCAAGGGCUAUGCCUUCAUCGAGUACGAGCACGAGCGGGACAUGCACGCCGCCUACAAGCACGCCGACGGUAAGAAGAUCGACAGCAAGCGUGUCCUGGUUGAUGUGGAGCGGGCUCGCACGGUCAAGGGCUGGCUGCCCCGUCGCCUGGGUGGUGGUCUUGGCGGUACGCGUCGUGGCGGCAACGACGUCAACAUCAAGCACUCUGGUCGGGAGGACAACGAGCGAGAGCGCGAGCGUUACCGGCUGGAGCGGGAGCGCGAGGAUCGCGAAGGUCCUGGCCGUGCUGGUGGCGGCUCCAAUGGACUGGAGGCUCGGUCUGGACGUGGUUUCGGGGCAGAACGACGUCGUUCCCGCUCCAGGGAGCGACGCGAUCGAGAACGAGAUCGCGGACGUGGCGCUGUAGCAAGCAGUGGUCGGUCGCGAAGCCGCUCCCGCGAGCGCAGAAAACGCCGAGCGGGCAGCCGGGAACGGUACGACGAGUUCGACCGUAGGGAUCGGCGCGAAAGGGAGCGCGAACGUGACCGUGAUCGUGAGCGCGAGAAGAAGAAGAAGCGUUCCAAAUCCCGCGAACGGGAGUCCUCAAGGGAGCGACGCGAACGGAAGAGAGAGCGAAGGGACCGAGACCGUGGCACCGGAGCCGGCGGCGAUGUCAAGGAGCGCAAGCCCGACUUCCGCGACAUGGACGUCAUCAAGAUCAAGGAGGAGCCUAUCGACGAUGGCUAUCCGACGUUCGACUACCAGAACACGGCCAUCAAGAGGGAGAUCGACGACGAGAACGAGGAGAAGUUCCGGCCGCCGCCUGCGCAUCACAAUAUGUUCAGUGUGCCGCCGCCGCCCAUUCUGGGGCGUGGCAACGCCAAUCCGAAUCCCAAUCCCGACAACGGCCAGCAAAGCUCCAGCGACCCGAGCUGGUGGCGUCAAUAGAGAAAGAGUCACGGAGCCAUCUUUUAAGGCUAAUAAUUGUAGAAAUCAGCCGUGCAUGGGUCGGAACUAUUUAUUCAUUUGACUCGAGGCGCAGCAAUCCUGGAGAGAGUAACCAUAGCAAUCUACGGUUCCAUUUUACACAGCAAAUUUUAAGGUACAGCUUGGAGAGCCGCCGAGCAGAACAACAUUAUUACAACCCAGACCGCUAAACGCCAGAAUUCACUAAUGUGUGCGUAGCUUAAAUCAUUUAAAUUUAUAAGUAUCUCUUAACAAAUGAAUAUGAAAGAAAAGUAAGUAAAAUAAA